AUGCCUCACAAGCAGGAAGAAGAGAGGGAGAAGGAUUUCGUCGUCCGCUCCUCCGAGCACUCGAAACCUCUCGCGCCAGAAGAAGUCGCCGAAAAUCCCGAGAAGAAGGAAGUUGGCAAGUCUUCCAAGGAAUUGAAGUUGGACAAUUUUGAAUUGAUCAAGACUCUCGGAACGGGAACAUUUGCUCGAGUAUGGCUUGCUCGUCUCAAGGACGGACCCCAAGACAAGGUCUAUGCAUUGAAGGUGCUACGGAAAGCUGAGGUCAUUCGGCUGAAGCAAGUUGAGCAUGUGCGCAACGAGCGCAGUGUUUUGGCCGCUGUGGCCGGUCACCCUUUUAUUACAACGCUGAUUACGACAUUUUCUGACCACGAUUGUAUAUAUAUGCUGCUUGAAUACUGCCCUGGAGGUGAAGUAUUCAGUUAUUUACGAAAAGCUCGACGAUUCGAUGAAGCGACGGCCAAAUUCUAUGCCGCCGAAAUUUGCUUGAUUUUAGAAUUCCUUCAUAGCCUUGAAGGCAUUGCAUAUCGCGAUUUGAAGCCGGAAAAUAUAUUAAUAGAUGCCGACGGCCACUUGAAGCUCGUGGAUUUUGGCUUUGCCAAGAAAUGUGCAAACAUCGAGACGUACACGUUAUGCGGGACGCCAGAAUAUCUUGCACCGGAAGUGAUCCGAAAUACUGGACACAGCACAGCGGUGGACUGGUGGGCUUUUGGUAUCUUGAUUUACGAAUUCCUCGUUGGCCAGCCGCCAUUCUGGGACCAGAACCCGAUGAAGAUAUACGAACAAAUCUGCGAAGGCAAAGUCCGCUUCCCCAGCGGCAUGUCCGAAGACGCCAAAGACCUCAUCAGCGGCCUCUGCAGCGUCGACACAUCCAAGCGGCUCGGCAACAUCCAAGGCGGCGCCGAACGGGUCAAGUCGCACCCUUUUUUCAAGGACAUUGACUGGGACGCGCUGUAUCAGCGCAAGACCAAGGGCCCGAUCGUCCCCAAGCUCAAGAACCCGGCCGACGCGUCGAAUUUUGACGAAUACGAUCCCGAGCCCGAGAAUAAACUGCCCUACACGGACGAAAUGUAUGAUAAGCUGGACAAGUUCUUUGAGGACUUUUAA